UUCCGCCAACACUUCGUGUGUGAACCUGAGAAGCUAUAAGAACUGGUUGCAUACAUGAACCAUCUAAUUUACACCAUAACAGUGAAAUCCGACCGCAUAAUCUCAUCGAAGAUGUCCAGUUUGAAGACUGCUCAGCUGGUUGUGGCUCUGAGCUUAUUAUGCUUGUUUUUUCUGGGUUUUUCGAACUCCGCCGAGGCAGCUGCAAGACCAAUUACUGAUAUUGCAGGAGCAGUAGCAAAUGAUACACCACGAUGUACCCUCAUCAGAGGUGUCUGUGCUAAUGAUGAUGAUUGUAAUCAGAAAUGUUCAUUAGGAGGCAUUUGUUUGCGUGGUCCUGCUGCUUCAUCAAAUCGUGAGGAGAAGAUUGAUGUUAACCGAUACAAAGUCAUACCUGAGCUAGAAGGUUGUUGUUGUUGGGAACCCUAGCUUAGGGUCACUCCCCUAAAUUGAUGGAUCUCUAGUCAUGUCUUUGCAAUGUCCCAAAUAAAUAAUAAGAAAGAAGAAAAUAAAUGAUGGAUCUAUUUAUCCCCUUUAUUUUUUUACAUUUUGGAAAUGAAAAUUUAC